AUGGCAAAACUCACUGAUGAUGCCGACUAUGAUGCCAGCGAAACGUUUGCGAAUAUACCAAGUCCACUGGAACUAAUUCCAAAGAUCUUGACACAUCAGGAGCCUACACACAGGAACAGAUUUUCCGUGAUACACAAAAACCUGGAAAGUAAUGAACAAUUAGUCCUUCAGACGGACGAAGGAGGAGCUACGGUUAUAAUGGACAAAAAACAAUAUACCGAGAAGAUGGAACAUACCCUACGAGACAGGACCACAUAUCAUAUAUCAAACAAGGAUCCAACUAUGAAGAUCAAUGGAAUCUUAAGUGGUAUGCUGAAAGAUAUGCAUAGGAAUGAGGAAAUUGAUGCAUGGACAAUGAAUUCAAUUAUAAGAAAGGAUGCACGACCACCAACAGCAUACGGAUUACCGAAGAUACUUAAAGAA